AUGGGCUCUAUCAAUGGCACAAAUCAGGACUAUUCUCCUCUCCCUGACCCAACCAUCCACAUCACCACGCACAAUGACUCUGGUCUGGCAGUCAUUCAUAGCUCUGAGAAGCCCCGGAUAAUAGCGUUUCCAGAGCACAAAUAUGCCGCGGGAACAUUGUACACAACGUCAGAAAUGCCGCCAAGUUUGAAUAACGACAUCGACAUCAAGCUUCACCAGGAUCUUGUAGCACGAGGCAAGAUAGCUGCGGUCAACCCGAAUGGAACAGUCUGUCGCUUUGCAGAUUUCGCUCCAAACAGCAAGGGAUUCAUGCACCGGACCCAAAGUCUCGACUAUGGCAUCGUGCUGGAAGGGAAUGUGGUCCUCGAAUUGGAUGAUGGCAGUCAGACAUCCUUGACACGCGGUGAUGUGGCGGUUCAGCGUGGGACCAAACAUGCAUGGAACAACCCGAGCCAGACUGAGUGGGCGAGAGUUCUGUUUGUUUUGCAAGAUUGUCAACCUCUCAUGGUCAACGGAAUGAGGUUUAAGGAGGACUUAGGUGCUGCCACUGGGCACGUGCCUAGUAGUGGCAACGAUGCAGAAUGA